AUGUCCGCCAGCACCACUCAACCCGGCAUCCUGACCUCCGCACGCUACGGGAAAGACAAGGUCCGCGUCUUCCGCAUCGUACGCAACGGACCCAUACACGAUGUCGUGGAGUACAACGUCCAGGUACUCUUAGAGGGUGACAUCGCAACCAGCUACACGCAGGGCGAUAAUUCAGUGGUCGUCGCUACAGACUCCAUGAAGAAUAUCACAUAUUAUCUCGCCAAAACAUCUCCCCACAUCCUCACACCCGAGCACUUCGCCCUCCAUCUCGCUACACACGUUCUCGCCACAUACGCCCACGUUCACAAAGCCUACGUUUCCAUCGAGAAACUACGCUGGUCGCGAAUCCCAGUGGGAUUGGAAGGCCAGGAGGCCUUGCAUCCACACUCGUUCGUCAGGGAUGGCGAGGAGAAGAGGUUCGUGAAUGCGGAGGUGCGUACACUGGCGAAAUCGGACGGGUCGCUCGAGGGCAAAGUUACAGCUGGUCUUACGGAUCUAUUGGUUCUCAAAUCCACCGGCUCCGCGUUCACAGGCUUCAUCCAGGACACAUACACCACCCUCACCGAAGUCUCCGACCGCAUCCUGUCUACUUCGGUCGAUCUUUCCUACACCUACAAACACCCCAUCCCGAUCGCUUUCCCCACCGACGAGAGGCGCUUGGCGUUCGACACACCCGGGGAAGUCAGACAUGCUGAUGAAAUAGCAAGGAGGACAAGGAAGGCGACGCUGGACUUGUUCGCUCUCGACGAGAGCGAAAGCGUGCAGGCAACCCUCUUUAAGAUGGCUCAACAGGUCAUCGCAGAUAACGAUGACGUGGAAACGGCAACGUAUACUUUACCCAACAAGCAUUAUAUCCCCGUGGAUAUGAGGUAUAUCGGAGUCGAUAACUUGACGCCAUCCAAGGCAGAAGUGUUCAUGCCCGUGUCCGCGCCGAGUGGCUUGAUCUCCGCCACGAUCUCGCGUAAAUAG